CGCGACGCGGGCGCGGACGCGUGCGGGGCGGGCGGUGCGGCCUCCGGAAGCGAGGGGGCGCUGUGCCAGGCGGCCGCCGUGCGGGGUGGGCGUGCUGCUCCUUCCGCCUCGCGGGCCCCGGAAGCGCGCGCGGCCGCCAUGGCGCGGAACGUGGUGUACCCCCUGUACCAGUUGGGUGGCCCACAACUUCGGGUGUUCCGAACCAACUUCUUCAUUCAGCUGGUGCGGCCCGGUGUGGCCCAACCCGAGGACACCGUGCAGUUCCGGAUCCCCAUGGAAAUGACAAGGGUAGACCUCAGGAAUUACCUCGAGAACAUCUAUAACGUGCCCGUGGCUGCCGUGCGGACACGGGUGCAGUAUGGCUCUAACAAGAGAAGAGAUCACAGAAAUGUGAGGAUCAAGAAGCCGGACUACAAGGUCGCCUACGUGCAGCUGGCCCACGGACAGACCUUCACGUUCCCAGAUCUGUUUCCCGAGAAAGACCAGAGCCCCGAAGGCAGCACUGCCGAUGGACUCCACGACAUGCUCGCGGAGGAGAGGCAGCAGAGGCAGAGCAGUGACCCUCGGCGGGGCGGCAUCCCCAGCUGGUUCGGGCUGUGACGGGGCGGCCAUCAGGGAUGCGCCCUGGUGGGCACUGUGGCAGAGCAGCCCUGACACCUAAAUAAAAGUCUUGCUGCAGGAGAAAGA